AUGAAGGGCAAGUAUGUGGAACUUACACCAGAAUAUAUUUACCCGUACAGAAACCAGGGUGGUUUUGAUAUGAUAUGUAGUGGAAGAGAUAAGAUUGAAACUCCAGAGCAGUUUCAACAAGCUGCAGAUACUGCCGCGAAGCUUGAUUUGGAUGGACUUCUUGUUAUUGGUGGGGAUGACUCUAACACAAAUGCCUGCCUCCUUGCUGAGAAUUUCAGGGGAAAGAAUUUGAAAACUCAGGUGAUUGGGUGUCCAAAAACCAUUGAUGGUGACUUGAAAUGCAAAGAAGUCCCAAUAAGUUUUGGGUUUGAUACUGCUUGCAAGAUAUAUGCAGAAAUGAUUGGAAAUGUCAUGAUAGAUGCCAGAUCAACUGGAAAAUAUUAUCACUUUGUGCGGCUUAUGGGGCGUGCAGCUUCACACAUAACACUUGAAUGUGCUUUGCAAACUCAUCCAAAAAUUACAAUUGUUGGAGAAGAGUUGCACAUAGAUGUUCUGAAUCAGUAUCGUUAUGUUAAAGGAAAGGUAUUAGAUGUGAUUGGCCUCCAAGAUGCUUCACGUAUAGUAGGCAACAAAAGAAUUAGAUUUUCUAAAUUGUGGGCAAAGAAGAAUGCCGUGGGGAAGGAACAGGUGGCACAGCUUGUAGAUGACAUAUAUAGAAAAUACAUUUUCCUGUUUCUCAGAAAAAUGCAUGUGUCUGCAGCCCCUGAUUUAGCGUCAAAGGGACAGGGUGUCUCAGAUAACAGUAAUGUGAAAGUCAAAGGGGAAAUUGAUGAUCACUCUUUUCAGUCAGAAACAAAGGUUCGGUGCCUCUGUGGGAUUUCAUCAGAAAAGGAGUCAAUGAUCAAGAUAACAAGGGAUACUAGUGGAGUUCCUAAGGUUCUUACAAGGUUAGAUGCACCCUCAUCACCCUUGGCUGACACCAUGACAUAA